UUCUGAUCACUAAACAAUGUGGCUGAGUAACAAUGUGACUGAGUUCAUUCUACUUGGUUUGACACAGGAUCCAUUUAGAAAGAAAAUUCUCUUUGUUGUGUUUUUGCUUUUUUAUAUGGGAACAUUACUGGGUAACUUGCUGAUCAUUGCUACCAUCAAGACAAGCCAGGCACUUGGGAGUCCAAUGUACUUCUUCUUGUUCUACUUAUCCUUAUCUGACACCUGCUUCUCUACAACCAUAGCCCCUAGAACAAUUGUGGAUUCUCUGAUGAAGGAGGCCUCUAUUUCUUUCAGUGAGUGCAUAAUACAAGUCUUUACAUUCCAUUUCUUUGGCUGCCUGGAGAUCUUCAUCCUCAUCCUCAUGGCUGUUGACCGCUAUGUAGCCAUCUGUAAGCCUCUGCACUACAUGACCAUCAUGAGCCACCGGGUUUGUGGGAUGCUGGUGGCCAUGGCCUGGGUGGGAUCCUGUGUGCAUUCUUUAGUUCAGAUAUUUCUUGCUUUGAGUUUACCUUUCUGUGGUCCCAAUAAGAUCGAUCACUAUUUCUGUGACUUGCAGCCACUGCUGAAACUUGCCUGUUCAGACACAUAUAUGAUCAACCUACUUCUGGUGUCCAACAGUGGGGCCAUUUGUACAGUGAGUUUCCUCAUGCUAAUGGUCUCAUAUGUCAUCAUCUUGCGUUCCCUAAGAAACCACAGUGCUGAAGGGAAGAGAAAAGCCCUGUCCACCUGUGUCUCCCAUAUCAUUGUGGUCAUCCUGUUCUUUGGACCUUGUAUUUUUAUAUACACACGCCCUGCAACCACAUUUCCUAUGGACAAGAUGAUAGCUACAUUUUAUUCAAUUGGGACACCUUUGCUCAACCCUCUGAUUUACACAUUGAGAAAUGCAGAAGUGAAAAAUGCCAUGAAAAAUUUAUGGAGGAAGAAACUGAUCUCAGAUGAUAGGAAAUAA